AUGACACAAUCACAAGUUUCAAGACAAAUUGCAAAGUCAUUUCAAUCGGUUGCGUCGACUGAUGGUGAUGGCGCACGCGUAUACAGAUCCAUUGGUACACCACAGCUACGCAACUUUCAUCCUUUUCUCAUGAUGGAUCACUUCAAGGUUGGUAAAGGUGCUGGAUUCCCCAAUCACCCACACAGAGGGCAAGCAACCGUUACUCUCAUGCUCAAAGGUACAUUCAAACAUGGUGACAAUCAAGGCCACAGCGGCUAUAUACAUGAAGGAGAUGUACAAUUCAUGAAGGCUGCUUCUGGUUUGAUUCACAGCGAAAUGCCUGUACAAGAUAAGCCAACCGACCCUAUCCCAGAAGGUCUUCAACUCUGGAUCGAUCUUCCUGAGGCAGACAAGAUGUCUGCGCCUGAAUAUCAAGAGUUGACAGAUGGUCAGAUUCCUCGCGCUUAUCCACACGGUCAGGAUGGGAACGUGGUGGUUAAAAUACUCAGCGGUGAAUCGUACGGGGUUUCCUCACCAGUGAGACAAUGUGCAGGAUGCUGGUAUUUCCAGGUAGAUUUGAAAGAGAAGGGCGCAACGUACUUCCAAGCCAUACCAUCAAAUUGGAACACAUUCGCAUACAUAAUUAGUGGUACAGCUAAGAUGGGCAAUGGAGAAAAUUUGGCAGCUCACAGUACGAUAACAUUUACAAAGCAACAAGAGCAGAAUGGGAUAGAAAUCGAAGCAAAAGAGAGUGGCACUAGCUUGGUUGUGGUUGCAGGUGAGCCAUUGAAUCAAAAAGUGAUUCAAUAUGGGCCAUUCGUCUUGUCCAAGGAGGAAGAUAUCUACAAGGCUUUCGAGGAUUAUCAAUUGGGAAGGAAUGGGUUUGAGAGAAGGAAUUUGGUGGAUGAGUGA